AUGGGCCAGAAGGACAGAAAUCAGGUCAUGUGGACCGAAGACAUGGAUGAAGCCCUCCUCAGGGAAGUUGUGCGGCUCGGCCCGUACGAAGUUGGACACGGGAAAGUGACUGCCACGUGGACGAAGGCCGCGCUGGCCAUGCAUGAGUUUGAUCCCAACAUUUCUGCACGAGCAUGCCAGACGGGUUGUGAUACCUUGCUGCACGAGUUUUCCCAAGAUAACCAACGGAGCGUGCGAGCGUCUGGUGUAGAAGAAGACGAUGACGACAUCGUCAAACUCAAGCAAGAUAUCUUGGAUCGCCGCGACGCCAAGAUGCGCCGAACAAGAAAGCGAGAUAGCGAACACGAACGAUUAGACGAGCUGGAACUUGCUGGCGUGAAGGCAUGCAGUGAUGCUAAAGAACGAGUUUCGAAGCGACUGUCGACAUCCCUUCGUCAUCGGUAA